AUGGCAUAUAUUCAAGUAGUCCUUCUGCUGAGCCUAUUGUUGGCUCUCACUUCCUGUUUUCUCACAUUUGCUGCCGACCCAGCAUCUCUUCAGGACUUCUGCGUGGCAGAUAGUAACAACCAAGGUUGCCUUGCUUCUUCAUUUGCAGUGAAACUGAAUGGGUUCGCUUGCAAAAACCCGGCUUGGGUUCAGGCAAACGACUUCGCCUUCAGCGGGCUCCACAAUCCUGGCAACACAGGCAACCCAUUUGGCUCUGCUAUCACCCCUGUCACAGUGGCUCAAAUUCCAGCGCUGAACACUUUGGGAAUCUCGAUGGUCCGUAUCGACUAUGCUCCAUGGGGCGUCGUUGUUCCUCAUUACCACCCUAGAGCCACUGAAAUUAUCACAGUAAUCGAGGGAUCUCUUGAAGUUGGAUUCGUCACAUCAAAUCCUGAUAAUCGCCUCAUCUCCAAAACCCUUCAGAAGGGAGAUGUAUUUGUGUUCCCGGUUGGGUUGGUUCACUACCAACGGAAUAUUGGGAACAUGAAUGCGGUGACGAUUUCUGGUUUGAAUAGCCAAAACCCAGGAGUUAUUACCAUUGGCAAUGCUGUCUUUGACUCCAAGCCUGACAUAUCCACCGACAUUCUCGCAAAGGCGUUCCAAGUUAACAAGAAUAUUGUGCAGCAAAUUAAAGGGAAGUUCUAG